AUGGGAAACACCGACGCGGCUGCUAUUCUUGAUGUCUGCGCGUAUCAUAGACGCGAUUUUGACCUUGUACUUAUUCGAUCACGGCCUCAUGAAAACCAGGUUGUUCAAGAAUCUAUAGAGAAGCCUUUCACUACGACGCCGACUGUGAAUUUAGGGGCACUUGAUAUUCUUCCGAAUGAGCUAUUGAACAGCAUACUUCGCAACCUUGAUCUAUUAUCAUAUUUCCGGUUUCGCCGUGUCAACAGACGCUCCCGGGUCUUGGCAAGUGAGCUUCAAGAAUACAAAGCUGUUGUCAGACACGGUAUAGAAGGGUUUCGCGGCAUGCUGCGUGCGCGACUGGCGACUCAUUUUACAUUUGAGGACAUGUAUCGUGCCUUAACAACUGAAUCAUGCUCAUUUUGUGCAAAAUUCGGCGGCUUUCUUUAUCUACCGACUGCCUGUCGUUGCUGUUUUGCGUGCAUUGAGAAUGCACCUGAGCUACGUGUUAUUAGCAUGUCCGCUCUAGCAAAACUUACAAAGCUAUCUGCCAAGCGUUUGAGUUCGGACAUUGGAUACACCCUUAGAACGGUUCCUGGAAUAUACUCUAUGGAAGAAAGAACGGCAAGACGUCCAGCCUUACUGCUAGCAGAAGUGGAGGCUACCCGGAGACUGUCAGACCUGGGCCUCCUGACUUCGGACACAACGCGGGCUUUAGAGGCGCGGAGCGAGCAGAAGAACCAACGUUUCAUGAUGUCUACUGCAUACCCGUGGUAUGAUCCAACCACUGGUCAAGUUGAAAAUGGUGUCAGUUGUAAGGGGUGUCAGAUUCGUCAGGAGACUCUGGCUCUGAUUAGUCGAGAUCGUGACAAUGUAUUUUCUUCCAGCGGUUAUCAAUUCCAUUUUGAGACUUGCAAAGAAGCAAAAGCUUUAUUCGAAGAGAGUGCAGGCGGAACAAGGAGUGUGGUGGAACCAGAAUUCAGUCGUCGCAAGGGUUAUUUCAACACAUUGGAUCGAGAUGGUCUACCAAGAUAA